UCUUAUUAAACAAUAGAAGCUAUAUAUAUAUAUAUAGAAUUUUCAUAUAUAUUGUGUCAAACACAUAUAGAAAUUAAUAAGAUGGGAGAAAUAUGUUAUAGUUGUUUUGGGAAGAACUUCACUAACGCAAAGCCUUACUUGUUAACGGUGGGACUACAGUUUGGAUUUGCCGGAGCAUACAUCUUCUCCGUCGCAAGUCUCAACCAUGGAAUGAACCGUUAUGUGUUCGUUGUCUAUCGCAAUGCCAUCGCUGCAUUGGCCCUCGCUCCUUUUGCUUUGAUUUUUGAGAGGAAAAUUAGGCCAAAGAUUACACUCCCUGUCUUCUUACAGAUAACGGCACUCGGAUUUGUGGAGCCAGUGAUCGACCAAGGGUUCACUUUCUUGGGGAUGCAAUAUACAUCGGCUUCAUUUGCAUCUGCCAUAAUGAAUGCCGUGCCCUCCGUCACUUUUGUGCUAGCCGUAAUUUUAAGGUUAGAGCGUGUAAAUGUUAAGGAGGUAAGAAGCCUAGCGAAGGUGAUUGGAACAUUGGUAACCUUUUCAGGCGCUUUAUUAAUGACACUUUACAAAGGCCCUCUAAUUAAACUCUUUUAUACUCCAAACGCAACCCACCACCAAGAUGGAAGUCACUCGCCUGAGGUUGUCAAACAUUGGGUCUCAGGGACUCUCUUUCUUCUCUUGGGUUGCGUCGCAUGGUCAUCUUUCUUCAUUUUACAGUCCAUAACAUUGAAAAGGUAUCCGGCAGAAUUCUCACUCUCUUCUUUGGUAUGCUUAUCGGGUGCUUUGCAAGCUAGUGUGGUGGCACUGGUCGCUACUCGUCACUCUGGCCUUGGGGCAUGGGCCUUAGGCUGGAACUUCAGGCUCUAUGGCCCUCUCUACACGGGAAUAGUUACGUCUGGAAUUACGUAUUAUGCGCAAGGGUUGGUAUUGCAAACGAGAGGCCCAGUAUUUUUAACAGCCUUCAAUCCCCUUUGCAUGAUCAUAACUUGUGCUUUAGGCUCCUUCCUUUUUGCAGACCAGCUUCACCUCGGCAGUAUCAUUGGAGCAAUCAUUAUCGCGCUAGGUCUAUACUCUGUGGUGUGGGGUAAAGGCAAAGACUAUUCAGACCCCAUGCCAUCAUCACCUACAUCCAUAACAAAGCAAAUGGAGACACAACAGUUGCCAAUUACCUCAUCUCAUAUCUAACACAAAUUUCCAAAGGAAUUCUCAAUAGUGUACUUUUUCUGCCUCUAAAAUCUGCAACUUAUGUAAGCUUACUUCAUGUUCAUGCUUUUGGUUUGCACGUUAUGAAGGGAUAGAGACAAAAGGCACACUGUCAUUGGCAUAUAUAUAUUUCAUUAAAAUAUAUACCAUCCAGAAUAAAUAAAUAAUUAUGUCUAA